AUGACCGCGUCGGCGGAAGAGACCGCUGUGGCAGCUGGGUCGUCGUCCGUGCCUGUUCCCGACGACGUUUUUGACGGCGGCGUUGUUGACCUGCCGUCCUCAUCGGAAGACGAAAGCGACAACGAAGGCGCGGUUCAUGGCGAGGACGAAGAGGACGAUCUGAGCGCCGAGGCGGACUACUUCAGCAGCGACGAGGAGGGCGACGACACUGGUGACGAUGACGUCGUCGACAGCGACAGCGAAUUUGAAGAGGACGAUGACGAGGUGCCGAAGGUCGUCAAGAACGGCGUCGGCGAGGUGGCGGCAGCACCAUGCACGUUCCUUGGGCAGCCGGCGCGGAUCGCCACCGUCCAGAGCACAGUAUGCUUCGUGAACCUCGCCACUUCCUCGGCGCCACCCUGUCAGUGUCAGUGUCAUCACGGCGGCGGCAGCGGCGGCGAAAUCAUCGUCGACUACCGCUACACCCGCUUCUUGCGGACGCAGAGCGGCGGCGACGGCGUCGACAUGCACAUCUUGGGUCCCAAACAAGCACGUCUCCGUUUCGUGCUCCCCUCUCCUUUGGCCUCCGACUCCGAUCCGGAGACAGCGACGACGGUGAGCAGCUCGCUGCGAUUCGCCGGCGCCAUGCUGGCAUCUCUGGUCCACCCCGCCUGCUUCAGCGCGCAGCUCCAGGCGCUGUGGUCGGUCACGACGGUGCCGGUACUCGUCCCGGCACGGGCCACGUGUCUCCUGGUGACCGUCGACGUGGGCAUACUCCGGCCCAGCGACUUCACGGCGGCGCGCAUGUGGCGCAUGUGCGAGGCGCUGGAGUCCGUGGCUGGCGAGCGCGCGGCGCUGCCCGCCACGUCUUUUGAGUUUGACAUCGCCAUCGAGCUCCACCUGCCUGUGCUCCUCAGGUCGGAGGAAGAUGUGCGGCCGACGAAGCGGCGGAAGGUCACCGGGGAAGACUGCCCGAUCUGCUGCGACGUGCUCGAGGAGCAGGGGCGCCUGGCGGCGUGGCCCCGGUGCUCGCACAUCUUCCACGCCGGGUGCUUGGAGCAGCACCUUCUCAGGGGGUAUCAGGAAUGCCCUUUGUGCAGGAGUGAACUGAAGCUCAGCCCGACCCCCCAUCAUGUGGAAAAUGAAUACUAGAACUAGACAAUGCAAACUAAUUGUGAUCCUGCUGCAGUAGUAAGGUCUUGUUUAUAUGCACCCAAAAACCCAAAACAUUACAAGAUACUCCAU